AAAAAAAUGUAAACACAACACCAAAAGGAAGAAUUUUGCUUGAGUUAUUACUGAUUUUUAGUAUUAGUAUUGUUAUUAUUUACUAAUUUACAUAAAGAAUGAUGUGUAAUAGUGAAAGCUUUCAUAUAUUUUCAUUUCCUCUUGAAAUUCUUACGAAAAUUAUUGUAUCUUGCGACUUAAAAUCAAUAGCGAGGUUAUCGCAGACUUGUAGAUAUUUUCGUGAUUUGCUCCAAAAUGAUUUUAUGUGGCUUCAUCACAGCAAAUUUGCUCUAGGUAGCAAUUUGCUUUCUCCGAGAAUGAGAGAGAGAUCACCACAAGAAUUGAGUUUCAAAAUGAGAUGCAUUACUGGUCUAAAUUGGAGGAAGUGUAAUUCGAAGAAAUUUACGCUUUUCAUGUACAGAAAAGCCUUGCCAAUAGUCAAGCUUGAUCAAGAAUGUCUGGUAUUAGUGGCUGGUAAAACCUUACUUAAAUACAAUAGAUGUCAUAAAACUGGUGCUAUUAAUGGAAAAAGUUUUUCAAAAUGUAUUUGGGACGAACUAUCAGGUUUAGUUAUUAAUAAAGAUGAAGUUGUAACUAUUGGGUGUUGUGGCAGUCUUGCUCGUUGGAAAAAGAAAAAUUUACAUCUCAGUCAGAUGUGCAAAAAGUCCAAUGCAUAUCCUGAACUCACCGCUGUAGAUGCAAAAAGUGAUAUAAUUGUUUCUGGAAGCAGAAAUGGAUACCUACAGGUUUGGAAAACUAUGGACAACAACACAAAAUGCAUUUCUGAUAUUCAAGUGGUAAACAAAGUUCUUUCUGUUGCUCUUCAUUCAGCUAAUAGCAAAUUUAUUGUUGGUUUGAGAGGUACAGACAAUAUUCAUCCAUUGCAGCUUUAUGAUCUUGAAAAAUCAUCUUUGAUUACCAAAAUUGGAUCAAAUUUCAAACAUGGUGCAGGCAUAUUAAGUAUUUAUCCUGAAUGUGAAAAUACUUUUUUAAGUGGGAGCUAUGAUACAUCAAUUCGACUAUGGGAUGUACGAGAUCCUCGGAAAAGUGUUUUAACUUGGACUGAGCCCUUUGAUAACACUAUCUAUUGUGUGACAUCAGAUCAUCAUGUGACAAUUCUUAGUGGUGCCAAUAGAUCUUCCAUGGUUCAUUUCUGGGAUAAGCGACACAGCAAUAUGGUUAAUUUCCAUUGUGAAAAAGCAGUGAAAUUCAGCCCAGUCUACUCCAUUGCUUUUGAUGCAUGCCAAGAAUAUGUUGCAUAUGAUGAAGCAAUAUUUCAGUACUCAUAUUCUUAAGGCUACUUUCUUUUGAAGCUCAUUAUUGUGAUAAACUUGAUAAUGUUGUUGAAUUUCAUAUUUUAUUUGUUUUUAAAAAUCACAUGUUAAUAUUUAUUUCUGUAUUAUAUUUUAAUAAAAUG